AUGGAGAAGGAAGACGUCGUGAAGAAGAAGGAGCUGGAGACGCAGGAGAAGUGCUACAAGAAGACGGUGGGGGAGGAGGCGACGUUCCUGGAGACCGCCAAGGACUACUUCAACCAGUUCAAGGAGAUACCCGCUCAGAAGCACUGGAUCUGCCUCAAGAACUACUUCAACCAGAAGUGCGGCUCGGUGUUCGGCAAGCAGAAGGUCGAGCCUGUGGCGAAGGAUGAUGAAACUCCGGAGGUGGUGGCGAAGCCGGCGGCAACAACAGUUGAAUCUCACUGA